CUUACAUGGACAAAGGGCAAUUCCCCGAAACUACGUCAUUGAACAGCUUGCAAAUAUGUCGAUAGUCGCCCUUUCUGACGAUACUUCGCAGUCACACAUCGAGAUCGAGGACCUGCACGGCCUGGCUGCAAGCCUCAACUUCAAGAUCACUAACGACAAAGAUGCCGGCGCAUACCUGCUCAUGCUCCGCUCUUUCGAGUCGGUAAUGCAGCACGUGGAAAAGGCCCCCGACUACAUCCACCCUUCCCUCGCGCCACAAGAUGUGCUGGGCGGGCAAACCCGCGAAUACCACAAACCCGACCCCAGCGAUAACCCCAUGAACGCAUGGAGCCACUGCUGCAACCUCGCCGCAGCACGGCCGACAAGCGACCUCCUCAAGGGCCGCAGCGUCGUGAUCAAGGACAGCAUCUCUGUCGGCGGGCUGCCCACCACACUCGGCACGCACCCAGAGAUCCUCAGCAAGGAUGGAGAGCUCCCCGUGUCGCCCAUUGACGCAACAGUGGUGUCGCGGCUCCUGGGGGCAGGCGCCGUGAUCAAGGGCACCUCGACAUGCGAGAACUUCUGCGCGUCGCCACUGUCAUGGACAUCUGCCUCUGGGCCAGUCCACCACCCUCUGCUGCAGGGUUACACGGCCGGCGGAAGCAGCAGCGGCUCCUGCGCUCUCGUUGCUGCGAACGCACUCGUCGCCGUGGGGGGCGAGGACGGCAACGACAGCUACGAGAGCUUCGGCCCGACAGUCGAGCUUGCCAUCGGCACCGACCAGGCCGGCUCGGUGCGCAACCCGGCCUGCUACACGGGGCUGUAUGGUCUCAAGCCAACAUUCGGCCUCGUUCCCUACACUGGCGCGGCGUCCAUGUCGCCGAUGAUUGACCAUCUCGGCCCCAUUGCUUCUUCGCUCGAGGACGUCGCCGUGCUGCUCAAAGUCAUGGCGGGCUGGGACGGGCUCGAUCCCAGGAUGACGCCCGAGUCGCCGACCGUGGACCGGGUGCCGGACUAUCCUGCGCUGUUGGCUUCAUACCGAGCGUCAUUACUCAAACAAUCCGACGACACAGAGCCUGUGCUGAAAGUCGGCCUGCUCACCGAGGCCUUCUCCGUCUCAGGCCUGUCCCCCGAGGUUGCAGAGCUCAUCAAGCAGACCACGCACGAAGCAUUCGCCACCGCCGGCAACGCAAGCGUCACGACAAUCUCGGUGCCAAUGCACACCGAGGGGCCGGUGAUAUGGACCGCCGCAACCCGCCCGUCCAUGUCGCAGUGGCUCUCCCAAGGCCGGCCCUCGGGACACUUGUCCUACCUGGCGCCGCACAUCGCGCCCCAGUGGCCGCCAGACCAGAGGAUGUACGAGCUGCUCAACGUGUCGAACCCGGCGCUGGUCAACAUCCACCUGAGCGGGGCGCUGGCCUCCUCUGCCCACGACUCUCGCGGCUGCAUGAGUGGGCUCGAGGCCAAGGCGCACCGGAAGGUGUUUGAGCUCCGCGCCGCAUAUGACAGGGCGCUGGAGGAGGUCGACGUGCUGGUCUUGCCGUGCACGCCGACGGUGAGCAUGCCGCAUCCUCCUGAUCCUGAUACUCCUCUGGGCGAGAACAACAACGGGGCGCGGAUUCUGGACAGGCUGGCCCCGGCGGUCGGGCUGACGAGCAAUACGUGCCCGUUCAAUGUCACGGGCCAUCCGGCGAUGAGUGUGCCGUGCGGGACGCUGCCUGUUUUCGUCGAAGUAAGUGGGAAGAAGAAGGAGGUGCAGAUGCCGGUUGGGAUGCAGAUCGUGGGGAGGCGGUGGGAUGAUGUCGGGGUGUUGAAGGCUGCUGCGCUGUUUGAGGCCGGAAAGAAAAGGAUAUCGUGA